CAGUUUUGCGGAGGUGUCCUGUGUCCUGCCGAGGUCUCCUGUACGGUACGGCACUCCAGCUACUAACGAGGGCGCAGUGGCUCACGGGAUGCUGCUGUCCGUCAGCAACGAUGGCGACCGGUUCAGUGAGGAGUUGUUCUUUACCGUGUACGACUCCGUCUGUCAGGAGUGUACUCAGGGAGGGGACUGUACAUGGAAGCCGGACACUUGCAUUAUCAGAGGACACUGCUUCAGAAAUGGAGACCCAAACCCGGACAACUGGUGUCAACAAUGUCUGCCAAACCUUUCCAACACCACGUGGUCUGAUCGUCCAGUCAACAGCCCUCCCAGGUUCACAAUGACCUCCAACACUAUAACCAAACUUCCUGAUGAAAGUCUGACCAUCACUUUGGGUGCCGAGGAUCCCGAGGGCAGACCUGUGACGUUCCAAACAGCGCCGCCUAGCAGCCCAACCCUGACCGUGCAGCCAAACGGGGAGCUGACUUGGACGGGAGAUCAACCCCUCUCCAUCAACGUCACCAUUACUGACGAGUGCGGGGCGUCCUCCGAACAGACGUUCCACCUCACCAUCAUGGCGUGUCCUUGUGAGAACGGAGGGUCCUGUGUGCCCGACAUGCCCCGCGGACAAGGCUCCUACACCUGCGUGUGUCCUGGGUACACCGGGGACGUGUGUGAAACUGAGCUGGACGAAUGUCAGUCCAACCCGUGUGUGAACGGGACCUGUAUCGACCUCGUGAACGGAUACAACUGUACCUGCGCGGAGGGAUACGUCGGCAGUCGGUGUGACGUGGCCGUUGAGAACAGGUGUGCCCUGGACCCGUGCUUUCCCGACGUCUCCUGCGUCAACUUGGAGGACGGGGGCUACUCGUGCGGACGGUGUCCUUCGGGAUACGUCGGGAACGGGUACGAAUGUGAAGACAUCAACGAAUGUGAAACCGACACACACGGCUGUCUACAUAUCUGCAGGAACCUGCCUGGGUCCUACAAAUGUGCCUGUACUGCCGGAUUCAUCUUGAUCGCUGAUAACUGUCUAGAUUUGGACGAGUGUGAUUUAGAGAUCCACGAGUGUUCUCACGACUGUACCAACACGGACGGGUCGUACACCUGUGAAUGUCCGGAUGGGUUCGAACUCAAUGUGGACGGAAGGACCUGUGACGACGUGAACGAGUGCGCCAGCUCCCCCUGUCAGAAUGGAGGCGAAUGUCAGGAUGAAGUCAACCAGUACACCUGUUCGUGUGCCCGCGGUUGGUUUGGACCACACUGUGAAGAAGACAUAGACGAAUGUUUAGUGACGAAUCACGGCUGUGAGCACGAGUGUGUGAACACCCCGGGCAGUUACGGCUGUUCCUGUCCCACAGGAUACGUCCUAGGGGACGAUGGAAAAUACUGCGAAGGUCAGUAG